GGCACCAUUUUGAUACAAGCGUGUUGAGGCUUUUGUUGAAAACUGUUUACAGUUGAGUUCAGAUUGUUCAUUGUAUUUGCGGUAAUUGUGGCUUUGCAAGGGAUAUUUCUUGAUCCAGGUGAUUAAGAGAAGUCAUUACCUCAAGCUGUGCUAGAGUGAUAUGUAAAUGUGGACUGAAAAGUCAAGCUGUCUGUUACUGAAGCCGUUCCUAAUUACCCAGGCCGGCUGAGUAAGGUAGUUGACCUUUGACGAGCCCGGUUUGUGCGGAAAAGAUCUCGUUGAGUACAGCACAAAAUAAACUACAGCCACCUUUGCUAUUGAGUCUUCAUUGAAGGUGUCAAAAUGGAAGUGAAGUUUCUACAGAUGUGAGGUGAAGGUAUGUCUAAGCUCUUGAUCUUUUGGGAUCUUUAAAAAAGAUCCAGCUGUGUGGUACUGAAAUCUGAAGAUGGCAUUGCAUGGAAGAAACACCAAGAAAGUCAGUUUGCCUAACAGGAAGGAAACCAGGAUUAAAAUAAAAGGAACUGUGGAUUAGAGUUAAGUUUUCAAAUCAGUUUACUUUUUGAGUAGGUAGGGAAAACGGUGAGGUGAAAAUUUUGGGAAUUGGCUACAUUCACUUACAUGUAUAUGUCAUGUAAGAGUCAGGUUGGCACCAACUCGAGAUACAACAGUUGUGAGAGUUGUAGUGUUCCUGAAGGCUCUAUUCCUUAAAAAUUACCGUUAUGAAAGGAAUAGGAGAAGUACACAAUGUGUCUGUAGUUACCUGACUCCUAGGUGAAAGGAAUUUGUUUAAGACCAUCAGCUGAUUUAAAGUUAUGGUCAACAAGAGCUUAAUUGAUUUUUUUUUUAUGUGGGAACUUGUAGUUUUCUCCUCUUCAGUCAGCAAUGGGUAAAAUUUACUACUUGAAGUACCUUUUAUUGCAUAUAUCAACAUAUUACUCACUUUGUAUGCAUGCAUUGGAGAGGUUUUCAUGUAACUGCACUUUUAAGGACAUCAGAGCAUUGUACAUGUAGAUGGGAGCCAUUGGUACAGAUUAUUGACAAAGUCUAUUUUUUUAGACUUUCAAUCUGUAAGUUAUACAUAUUCAUUUUGUUUCUAGGUUAAAGGAUAUUUGUUCAAGAUAUCAAUAUUAAAGAUCUUUUAUUCAAGAUUAAAGUUGGUUUCUGACUCGUCAGUGUGAAUUGAAUAAUUUAUCAGUAAUAAGUCAGAAGACAGUUUAAAUGAAUUUUCUGGCUUGUUUCUGUCAAAGGAGUUGACAUGAUCUGUAGCAUUCAAUUCUCUCAGUUUUUACUGGCUAGAUGUCAACAUUGUUGCAUUCUACAUUCCCUUUGCUAUGGUGAUAUGAUUAUACUAUUCAGAAAAAGGCAACAUCACCAGCUGUGGAGUUUUCAUUAAAUGUCAUUUGUUAAUUAUAGGUUGAUGAUUAUUUUUUGUGUGUGAAUUUGGCAACUAGAUGUGACAAGUUACAUAAUAAAUAUUCUUUUUUCUUCACAACAAGAAUUGGACUACAUGUCAUUUGUUUCCAAGUUCAAACUGAUGUUUUUUUUAAAGCAUAUUGUGUUGUUAUAAACUUGGAAGCACUAUAAUUAAUUUUGGUUAAUAUGCAAGCCAUGGUAACCAAAACUAUGCAACAAUUAACAAUAAUUAUGGCUACUUAUUUUGUGGAAGGUGUUAAUGCAUUUUUUAAAUUAAUUUUUCAGAACCGACAGUUUGUUUCACAAUGUGUAAUUGAUAAAUUAUUGGUUUGUCUCAUUUGAAUUCCAUUUAAAAGAGGUUGCUGUGAAAGAAUAUCAUAGAGUUUGUUGCAUGGUUUGCUGGCAUGUAAAUUAUGCAGUAUCUUGAUUUAUAUUAGUUUUUGCUUUGCAAAUGUUUCCUUUAAAACUGGUCCUGGAUUUCAAUAACUUGACUUUCACAUGGAUUUGUGACAGGAAAUAGAAUUCGCAUACUUCAAAGCACUCUCUAAUUUGUGGUUGUGUUAUUAAAAAAGGAACAAAACCAGUUCAAAACAGAAAAUGAUAUUGCAGGCAGUAUAGGAAUUCUGAUCGAAUCAAUUUCUCUUGAAGAACUGCAGUUAAUGCAGAUCCUCAAUACCUUUAAAUGAUAACUAGGACUUUCUCUGUAUCUUUCUCUCCUUGUAUAUGAAACAAAGCUGUUGUCCCUUUUUAAUUAGUAAUUACCAUGCCAAGUCAGUUUUCAAUUUCCUGAUCAUGAGAGGGGUGACAUGCUAGUUAAUAUUCAACAAUUGAGCAGAGGUUUGAAACUUAACCACAGCACCUGUAGUUUAUGAGACCUCAUGGGAUGGAAAUAUGGUUUUUAUAUGCGUAACAGCUGUAAACAAUGAGGUAAGAAUGAUAGUCUGGAUGAAUAUUUAUUCAGUGCAAAUGAACCCAAGCUAAUCAGUGCAGCUAAUGAUUGCAAGUGGUUUUGUUGACAACCUGAAGUGAAUUGAUUGUGUGAUUUAAGAGUUUCUUGUGUCUUUCCAAUGCUUUCUCUUCUUCUCAUUGGCAAAUCUAAUGGCUCUGAAAUCUUCUCGCUACUUGCUGUACUAUCCCAAACAGCCUUACUUCUGCCAACCAGAUUGGAAAAGGGUGUCUAAGCAGAGAUUUAGUGAUGGGCUCGAUGAAGAAAUGAAGGAUGAUAUUGAUUCUGUGCGGGGUCUGUUAGACAGGUUGAAGGAUGAUAAGGAGAGGGAACUUCUUAAAGAGUCUCCUUCAAGUUCAGUUAAUGAAGAUGGAUACAGAAACUCUGUUGGUGAGAAUUUGGUUGGUGAACUUGUAAAGAAAUCAGCAACCCUUGUGAUGAAUUUGAAACCUGUUUCCAAAACAAGAGAUUCAGCAACAAAAAUGGGUUUGAGAGAUGCAGCAGCAAGGGAUGAUAAAGGAGAUCCUUCUGGUAAAGGAGUUUCACAGAAAAGAAAACAGGAUGCAUUCCUGGUGGAAGUACAAGAGAGAGCUGAGGUGAUAAGUAAAAGUGCUCGAAAAGCUCCAGAAACAGUAGUAUCAUCAAUUGGACAAGAUGUUGAGGGUGAUCCAGAUACGGUAGAGUUUCUUAGGAAGAUUCGAGCUGCACCAUCCUCGUCAAAUGAUUUUCGUAUGGAGGGCAACGAGACCAGACCUUUCAGAAGGAAAUCAGCCUCAGAAGUUGACUUAUCUGUUGUUGUGUCGAAUUCUUCGACUUUAAACUUGGAAGUUCAAAAGUCUAAAAUCCCUUUGGCGAGGUCAGGUUCGUUAAAAGACCGCAGAAGACCCUCAGCUGCUUCCAGGCGGAAAAGUCUCAGGUCAAGUUUGAUAGAAGAUUUGGACGAUUCAGUUGCUAUCAGCGAAGGAGAAGAAUCGAUGGAUGAAGACCGUAGUGUUACAUCAGGGGGGAGUUUCAUCAUAAAGAACUCUCCUCAGUCGGGCGCAGGAGAUGUAGUGAGACCACGAACCAAGCCAAAGCCUAAAGUGAAGAGUCAAACUGUAUCUGGAAUAGCUCUACCAGGGUUGGCCGAUGCGUUGAACAAGAAACAAGUCGCAGCUGAAAAUAGGCAGCGUUCCCAGGGUAGCGCAGCCGACAUUGUCCGUGCGGCUGCCGAAAAUAAGAAUAACAUGGCAGCCAAGGAAGAAAAAUUGGAGAAAGAUAAUGAAAAACCAGCUUGGCUUGUAGAGGCAGAGGCACGGAGGAAACUCCACGAAGAGCGACGGCAUCCCAAAAGGAAGGAACACGGAGAGAGUCAAACAAGCCGUGGGUCAGAAAAAACGGUGAUAAAUGGCCCUGUACUCAGGUCUUUGCCUCAGAGACAUGAAGCAGUGAAGGACAAAUCUGUCAGUGGUGAGGCGAUGAACGUACUUCACAAUGUUGUGCUUCGUCCUGUUCGGAAACCCGAAGCAGUUCCGACCAACUCUGAUAACGACAGCGAUGCUACCAAAUCGUCGAAUGUAUGUCUUCGUCCCGUGUCUAAACCAGGUCCUUUAGAUGACCAAGCUGAGAUCCAAGAAAGCGAACGUAGUAAACCUCGUAACAUCUUGCUACGUCCUUUACCCAAACCAGAACCAGCGGUGAAUGAAAAUACCGAGGACACCAAGGGAAGUUUUCAACCUGUGCGUUUGAAACCCAUUGUAAAUCCCCGCCUCGCAAGACCUUCGGGUUCUUCAAUCUCGAAUGGCGAAGCAACGCCGAUGCGCAAACGAUCGUCUUACGAAGAAACAUCAUCUAGUUCACCGCCCGUCAAACCUAUCACGCAAUCAUUUACGCGUACCGUGACGUCGACACGUUCUCAAGAAAACGGUGUAGUGACAGAUCAGAGUUCAUCGUCGGUUCAAUCCGUAAAAAGUUCACGUGAGUAUCACACCGUCCAUCCUCUUACCCCGAUAACUUUGGAACCGAAGGUUUCCGAAAAUUCUUCGCCACAUAUAAAUGGUGAACGAGUCACGAUAUCCUCGAACUACUUGAGUGGCCCUCAUAAGCUUCCCUCUAAAACAACGCCUAAACCUUCAAACAAAUCCAAGACAGUGACAGUUACCGCUUCUGAAGUGCCGGAGCUUUCAUCAGUUAGGCGAACAAGCGUCGAGCUAAUACACGCCAAAGUGGAAAGGAAAUCUUCGCGGCUUGCAAGUUCAGUCGUGCCAAACAGUCACAAGUCAUACGGGGACCUGAGUGGAUCCCGAAGAGGAAGUGACCCGCGGGACAGAGCAGAGAUAUUUGACUCAGCUUUCAGGCCAACAUAUACUGGGGACGUGUUGCCACAGUGGAAAAUUGACCUCCUUGAGAAGAAAAAGAACACAGCGGCUUCACGCGGAGGGGCAAGCAAAGAUCGCCCACAUCAGACGCACAUCACAAACGCAGUUGUGGUUCCACCUUGGAAGAAGGAACUGGCUGAGAAACGAAAGCAACGCACUCCUGUCAAUGGUAACCAGGCCCCCAACAAAGAGAAUGAACCGAGUUCGUCUUUGGAACUACCGCAAUGGCAAAAGGAAUUAGCGGAGCGAAGAAAGCGUAGAGAAAUUUUACCGGGUCAAGAGCCCCCCGAGAAAAGUGACAGUCCUCCAGAAAGACCUGAAUGGCAGCGGAGACUGAAAAAUACUCGACGAAACCAACCGAUCGUGGCCCCGAAAGGACCAUCGGAAGAUUCGGCGGACUCGGUUCCAAGUUUUAUUAAGGAGUUUGAGAAGAAGAAAAGAACGUUUCCUCGCGAAGAUGUACCCAAGGCUAUGUGAUCUUUUUGCGUUUACACCAGCUGGACAGCAUUCUUGUGGCAGCACAAACUCAAGUUACGUUUGAUGUCAAAAGAACGAUGCAAAAUGCAUAUUCCCUCCAUAUUUUGCACUUUUGCGUUGUAUAUGAUGAUAAAUGAUUUUAAAUGUGUUAAAAAGAUUUUUAUGAUUUGUACAAAGAUAUCUAUAUAUAAAAAAAGUCAUUCAACCACCUAAGCUGGGUUAAUUGAUUCCUAUUUAGUAAUGCACUGCUCAAGAAACAGUCUAUAAUUUCUAAAAUUGAUAAAAGUUUUAUGCGUCAGUUAGAUGACUUUGUUUUCACUUAUUGCGUUUGUUUGUUUGUUUGUUUGUUUUGUAUUAUUAAAGAAAAACAGAGAGAAUCAAGUUAAGUGCAAUAUUUAUAAAUCUUGAAAUGAACGCUGAGGCUGUGCCCAGAAUUAUUAAUCACAAAUUUAUAUUUUUUUAGUAAGAAAUUGCCGUCAAGCUAUUUUUUCACAGCAUUGGUCACGUUGGCCAGAAUAUUUAAUUUUUUGAGACAUCAUCAGUGCAUGGUUUUGAUUUAAAUUUUAUAUUUGCUGCAAAAAAUUUCUCCGAGGAUGAGAUUAACAAUCCAACUUUCAUAAGUGCUAAAUGAUGUUACAAGGAAACGUAAUGGAUAAUCGUGUUUACAUAAUGCGCUCCUGUUUGCAAAUAAACUACUGGGUUGUUUUUAGGGAUGUGUUUUUUUUCUUCGUAAGGGAUUUAUUUUUGAAAAAAAAAGUGCACCAGGUUGGUUCAGUUAGUGUUAUCGGUAAUUAAAAGUUGAACUUUUCUUCGGGAGAAUUUCUCGUUUCAUGACUUUCACCAUAAUGUAAAUUCACCUUUGUACAUACUACGUCUACGUCCAUCGUUAACUAUUGCCUUUCAAACACAAUUUUAAUUUUUAUUGACAUUUUCAAAGAACUAUUGAAAUAAAUCUUGAAAAUAAAUUAAUUUGAAUUU